UGAAUGCAAAGCCACAAUGAAGACGACGUUUGUGGGUAUAUCGAUAAAUGAAAAUAUAUUUCGAGCUUAAUUGAUAUUAAUAUCUAUAUAUUGCACACAAUAUGAGUCGAAAUUGAUCGAUACCUUGGUACACGCCGAUUACAUCGCUGCAUUUACAUAAACUUGCUCAAUUGCACGAUGUCUCGUAACCUGUUUUUAUCAAUUACAAACAUUGUAAAAUACUUGGAGCGAAUGUUCCUGACCAACGCUGCACCACCUGCACCUGCGCUAGCCUACAUAGUGCAACCACACAGCGAUCCGCACAACAGCAGCUUCAGUCUAAGGGAACUAAUUGGCGAUGGCAUUUUGUGGGCUGUUCCUAAACACCGGCGCAGCGUUGAAAAGCGCUUAAAUCGUAAAUUUGGCCAUCCCGAUUAUGUUUGGAAACCACUGAAGGAGAAGAGAAAUCUUCGCUCCUGCUUGCAAUGUGGAAAUGACCACGAAAUGGGCGUGCUCUGCCCUCACUGCUACGCCAAAGUGCGCGAUGAAACGCAGCUAAUGCAGGACAAAAUCCAAGCGCAACUUGGCCUGGAACCCAUCGAGCAGGAAGUGAUUGUCCUCUACGAGGGCGAAACAACAGCAACAACGGAGGAGCAGCAAGGCAAACGCAUUGUCGAAAUGAAGAAACCACGACCCAUGUGGUUCACCAAAAAUCUGCUGCAAAAAUCCACACAGCAAUCCUCCAAUGAAAUUAAACCCACCAAUUUGGGUUAAAAAUUUUAUCAUCAAUCAAUAAAUUGCGAUUUGUUUAUUCUGCGUAAA